CACUUGACAUUUCUCAAUUGACAGUUGACUUUUAAAGGUUAUAAAUGUUUGAAAUGUUGAUUGUUUUAAUGAUAAAUUAUCGAAAAAUGUUGAUAAAACAUUAAUAGUAUUAAUAUUUUGAUAGUCGAAUGAUCUAUUAAACGAGAUUUAAAAAGAAAUUGUGAAGUGUAACGGGAAAAUGACUGUGGGAGAAUUUUUCGGGUGCAGCUUGUUGGCGUUUGGACCACCACUAGCAAUGUUUGUAUUUACAAUUGCAGAUGAUCCUGUUAAAAUUAUAAUUUUAAUUGCUUCAUCAUUUUUUUGGCUUUUAUCUCUCCUGUUAUCAUCGUUGUGGUGGUUUGCUGUAAUUCCUUUACGAAAUCAUCUAGUGUUUGGCCUGGUCUUUUCAGUUGUAUUUCAAGAGGCUUUUCGAUUUUGCAUAUAUAAAAUUUUACGUAAAGCACAAAAUGGGCUAAAGAAGAUAACAGACGAUAGUACACACCUAAUAGAAAACAAGCAUAUACUAGCUUAUGUAAGUGGCCUAGGAUUUGGAAUAAUAAGUGGUGCAUUUUCUAUUGUUAACGUUCUUGCCGAUACAAUUGGACCUGCGACAAUGGGGCUAAAGGCUGGAAAUGACUUGUUUGUAGUUAGUAGUGCUGCAAUGGCAUUGUGUUUUAUAUUGCUGCAUACAUUUUGGAAUGUCAUAUUUUUUAAUGCUUUAGAUAAUGGCAACAAACCAAAUUUACUUAUUGUCUUUACCUCACAUAUGCUCGUGUCAUGUAUUACCUUACUGAACCGGUAUCAGAUGUAUUCAGCAACUUUGGUAAUUGCAUACCUUGUCUUGAUAUCAAUAAUGGCAUUUGCUUUUAAAGUAGCAGGGGGUUCCGUUUCCUCUUUAAAAGAUUGUAUAAAAUUUAAGCACUAAUAAUAAGUUAUAAUGAUUAUAAUGUAUAAUAAUGUUUAUCUUUAUAUUUAUCCUUCUUUAUCCUUUUUAAUAAAUGGGUAUAUUACUUUUUGUUGCUGUUCAAAGUAGUAUAAAUAUUAACAAUUUAUAAUUUUAGAUAUUUUUUAUGUUUUUCAUUUCUAUUACUUUUUUUAAGAGAUAUACUA